CUGGCUUCCGGCUUUUGCUGCUUGCCAGAGCCGGGAAGUUCUCAGGUGAGCAGGGGCGCGUGCUGUCUCGUUUCCCUUCCCGCCUGCGGAUUGCCGCUCGGUCCGACGCCCCUCUGUGGGAGCCGGGUGUGGACGAGGCUGUUUGAACAGUUUGACCCAGAACAUGGAUAUCAGACCAAAUCAUACAAUUUAUAUCAACAAUAUGAAUGACAAAAUUAAAAAAGAAGAAUUGAAGAGAUCCUUAUAUGCCCUGUUUUCUCAGUUUGGCCAUGUGGUAGAUAUUGUUGCUUUAAAGACUAUGAAGAUGAGGGGGCAAGCCUUUGUUAUAUUUAAGGAACUGGGCUCAUCAACAAAUGCCUUGAGACAGUUACAAGGAUUUCCAUUUUAUGGUAAACCAAUGCGAAUCCAGUAUGCAAAAACAGAUUCUGACAUAAUAUCUAAAAUGCGUGGCACUUUUGCUGACAAAGAAAAGAAAAAGGAAAAGAAAAAAGCCAAGAUGGUGGAGCAGACUGCAGCAGCUGCAAGCAAGAAGCCUGGCCAGGGAACACUAAAUUCAGCAAAUACCCAAGGAAAUUCAACACCAAAUCCUCAGGUCCCUGAUUACCCUCCAAACUAUAUUUUAUUCCUCAACAAUUUACCAGAAGAGACUAAUGAGAUGAUGUUAUCUAUGUUGUUUAAUCAAUUUCCUGGUUUUAAGGAAGUGCGUUUGGUACCUGGGAGGCAUGACAUUGCUUUUGUUGAAUUUGAAAAUGAUGGACAAGCUGGAGCUGCAAGGGAUGCUUUACAAGGGUUUAAGAUUACACCGUCCCAUGCCAUGAAGAUCACCUAUGCCAAGAAAUAAUAUAUAAGAUAGUUGUGUUGAAAGGACUUGGUGUUAUAUUUAUAGUGUUUGUUUUGAUAACAUUUCCUUAGGCCAUUGUAACAGUUGGGGAUGCAGCAGUGGGAGCUGAUGGUGAAAUUUUUGUGCGGGAUUUAAAAAAUUUCCUAGUCUUUGUUUAGCCUAGUGAACUAUGAAAUAUGAAGGCCUUAAUUUUGUACAAUAAACUUUUGUUUGUAUUCUUUACAUAAUU